AUUUACUGAUACCAAUGGUGAAUUGACAAGCAAUAUGAACUUGCCUAGACAAGAGUCAAUCACUAUUGAAGAUGUUGAUGAAGUUAUCAGAGGACAACAACCCGGGCAGUCAGAUGAGAUGUGUAAGUCUAAACUCUCAUCAGCUAUUCCAAGAAUUGUCAUAUUAGAACAGCCUGCCAGUAGAUCUAUAAGAUUUCGAUAUGAAUGUGAAGGGAGAUCAGCGGGAAGCAUACCUGGAGUCAACAGUACAUCAACAAAUAAAACAUAUCCAACUAUACAAAUACAAAAUUAUUCUGGAUCAGCUGUAGUUGUAGUUUCUUGUGUGACAAAAGAUCCACCUUACAGAGCACAUCCAAAUAAUCUAGUGGGUAAAGAAGGUUGCAGACAAGGAGUAUGUACUGUAAUAAUCAACAAUAGUGAUAUGACAUACAGUUUUACAAGUCUAGGAAUUCAAUGUGUUAAGAAAAAGAAUAUUGAAGAGUCAUUAAAACUUCGCGAAAACAUAAAAGUAGAUCCAUUUCUAACUGGAUUUUCUCAUUCUUCAAUUAUUAAUGAUCUUGAUCUAAGUUCUGUACGGUUGUGUUUUCAAGCAUUUAUUAAGGGACCAGAUGAUAAGUACACAGUAUCUUUAACCCCAGUAGUUAGUGAUAUCAUAUAUGAUAAAAAAGCUAUGUCAGAUCUUUCUAUUUAUAAACUUAGUCAUUAUUCUGCUCCUGUUUCUGGUGGAACUGAAGUUAUUAUGCUUUGUGAUAAAAUUGUUAAAAAUGAUAUUCAAAUAAGAUUUUUUGAAGAAAAAAAUGAAGAAGUUGUUUGGGAAGGGUGGGCUGAAUUUCAGCCUUGUGAUGUUUAUCGAUUGGUAGCCAUUUGUUUUCGCACACCUAGAUAUCACGACGAAAGUGUAAAAUAUCCUGUAAAUGUAAACGUUCAGUUAGUUCGGCCAUCUAAUAAUGAAAAAAGUUUACCAAGGCCUUUCCAGUUACUACCAUUAGAACCAGAUCCUGAAGGUUUAGUACGCAAACGUCUUAAAAUAGAAGGUGGAUGUUUGCAUAGAUUUUAUAUGAGUAGUAACGAAAAGACAGAUACUGAAGAAGUAAUUGAAACAAAACCUGUAAUUGUCCCAAGAAUGAUAAAGCAUGCGAUCAGAAAUAGACCAAAAACUUCAGGUGCAGAUGAAGUUGGAUCUUCUGAAUGCGGUAGUGCUAUGUAUGUGCAGAGAGAUCAUUCAAAUCCAGUUUGUACGACUUCUAGCAGCAUAGAUUCCGGAAUAAAUCUUCCUACAGCGAGCGGAGGAUCAUCAUCGAAAAAUGAAUCUUUCAUUGUCAACAGUACUCAGGAUUUUUUGGCAAUCGCCACGCAAUGCUUGGGAGAGGUGCCGACCACCUUCGACCAUCUGACCACUGAGGGCAACAUCCUUGAAGCAACGGAAAAAAUUGAUAGCUUAGAUCUUGGAAUAGACCCCGUAGAAUUAUUGAAUCUAGAUCCUUCUAUAGGAGAAAAUAUGUCUAUAAAUUUAUCUUCAAGUUUAUUCGACAGUGAAAAUCAGUUAGAACUACCAUUGAAUAUGGAUAACGUUAUGCAGCAGAAAGAGUGAAGUUGCCUUACAUUACCAAUUCAUUGUCUUGGUAAGGAUUAAUUGCAACUUUAUUGAAAACUAUCUGUAAGUAAAAAUGUGUGCUAUGUCAUUCAUUAAUUGCAUAAAUCAUUUGUUUGCUAUCAUUGUAUUAUAUGUGGAUUUAAAUAGGAUAUUGUUUUGUUAGUAUUCAUCUUAUACAUACUAUACAUCAUUUAUAAGGAAAAUUAAAAAUUUCUAAAUUGAUAUAAUUUGAGAAAUAUAAAACCGAAACGGUACGACAGAAAAGUUAUUGCUCAAGAAACGGUUUAUAAGUUUUAUAUAAUUUACAGUAUUUAAACUGAUGUUCUAUUUAUUUGCCAAUUUAAUGAGUUAAGUUAAUGCUCAAAUAAUUUUAUGCACUUUCUAAAAUUUUAAUUUAAGAAUUUUUAGCAAUGCUUAUGUUAGGUUAAUCUAUACACAUUUUUAUCAAACUACUUUAAUAUAAGUCGACAAAAUAACAGAUUGAGGGUACAACUUAAUUUAUUUGAAAUUUUUAAGUAGUUUAGUUUAUAAAUUUUUAAUAAAAAGAAAAAAAUAAGAGUGAUCGUUUGUGUCGAAAAUAAUUUCAAGAAAGUGUACAAAUUUUUACUAUAGAAAGUUAUGAAUAUAACCAAUUCAUAGUAUCAAAUUGAAAAUUCCUAAUAGAAAAUUUUAAUUAAUUGUUUCUAAUUUAUGUAAUUUUUGAUGUUUACUUUCAAUUAUGAAAUUUAAAUAUUUAUUUAGACACAUAAAACAAAGUAAAAUAUCUCCAAAUACAUCUUAUAUAAAAUGUGACCAUGUUAAUUAAUAAAAUUAUUUUACGAUGCAUGUAUAAAAUUUAGAAAUUUUUAUAUUGUUAUCAGUAUUCAGUAGAAUCUCUGUUAUCCAAGAUUCAAAAUAACUAUUAUUAACCACAAAAUUAUAACAUAAAAACAAACUAAUCAAAAUUUUACAUAGAAUUAACUGUUACUUUUACAAGUUGUUCUUAAUAACUUUGUUCGACUAACGAUUAAAGGAACAAAAGGAUUUUAUGAUAAGAUUGAAGAUGAGAGUCGAUCUCAAAUUAAAGGACUUCUGAAAGUAAAAGGAUUUUAUUCUACUGUGGUUAAUUUUGAAGAAAGGAGUCUGAGAUGUCUUAUUUUACGAGAAAUAUUUAUUAUAAAUACAUUCAUUGGUUUGUGAAAUCUAUAAACAUUUUUCAUCUGUAAAUUCUCAUGGAAAUUGUAUAUUUGACUUUGAUAACUGAGAUUCUACUAUUAGCAUUGAUUAUUGUAUAUAAAAUGUUUGAUUAGUUUAAAAUGUCAUUUAUCAUUGUUGUGUUAAAUUUUUUGAACAUUGGAUUGCAUAGUUAAUAAUUCAUAAAUAUGUGUAUAUAUUUUAUCAUUCAUAAUUGUUUUAAUAUAAAUUUAUAUUGUAUAUUAUGUUUUAGAAGAUAUAUUUCAAACAUAGCCUAGUCUUUUGUCCUCGCUGUAAAUUGCCAGUCGUGAGUAACCAUUUCUUCCCUUCCAAGAUUUAAUAUAACAAGUUGUACCGCGGAUAGCAUUCCACUCAGAAAUAUGUUAUCCUCUUUAUAGAAAUUUAUAAUAGAAGAAGCAAUCAAGAAAUGUAUCUUCACUGGAGUAUCAAUAUACAUAUUACUUCAAUUUCUGAUGCUUUUUUUAAGUAUUUUGAAACAAAAAUAAUGCUUAAUAAUUACCACUCAAAGUUAAUUAUAAAUAUUAAAUUUAUGUGAUUUACUUGUUAAAAUAGUGCAAUAAUUUUAGAUUUGAAGCCAGUUUGUUAAAAUUUGACUUAUUCUAAAAUGUAAUUUAGAUAAGUUUGUAUCGUCUUCUCCUAUCUUGCACUUUUUAGAUUGGUUUGUUGUUAGUAGACACUUCAUCCGACAGUUUAAUGUCAAAAUAUAUUCAUUUUAAACUAAGAACAAUAUCACAAUCUUGCACAAUAACAGCACUCUUUUUAUUACGAUUUAUCACAGUACAAUUUGAGAUACCACAGAACAGAUAAUUCAUCUAUUCUCUUACAAUUUGCAAGAAAUAUUCUUGGCUAGUUUUUAAUAUUUUCACCCUCACCCAAAUCACUUAUCGUUAAUUUUUUUCAUAGUUUUAAAUUAUAUUAUGUCCUACACUUUGCAGAGUGUAGGACAUAAUAUAACAACUCCUAGUGUUCUAAAUAUUAAAGUAAGCUGUGAUUAAAGUUCAACAAACAAUAAAAAAUGUUUACAACUUAUUGGAGCUUUGAUUCAACUGUAAGAUCAAAUUCAAAUUGAGAUGCCUAUUUAUUGCUAUUAAGUUUUAGCAGCAAGAUGAAAAUUGAUUUGGUAAAAAAUUUAAUAAAAUCAAUAUUUCUGCUAGCAGCUUAGUAGCUUUAUAAAGAUGAGAGAAAUGUUUGCACUAUUAAAAUGAAAAUUUUUUAUUUAGAAGCAUUCCAAUGUGACAUUGUUCAUCAAUCUUGUUAUCUUUUUAAGUUGACACCAUGAAUUUUUAGUCUAGCAAAGGCAUAAUCUACCACAAACUUAAAUGAAAUGCUUUAAUGGAGUGUAAACUAAUACAGUGGGACUUCUAUUUAUGAGUAUUAGAUUUAUAAGAAUUUGAUAGAUUGAGCCUUUUCUUUUAUGUAUCUUUAUCAUUUGAGAUGAAAUAUUUGACAAAACAAGUGACAGCUGAUAAUUAUCAAAACAGUUUCGCAAGAGUGCAACAAGAUUGAAAUUCUUCCCACACAUUAAGGUUCCGUCCCCAUUUUCUUUGUUUCAUUUGCAUUGUGUCUGAAUCACAAAACAUUAGAUGCCAUCAUUAUUAUUCAACGAAGAUCUGUAACAAUCUGCUUGCUUCUCCAGCUUGCUCCCCAUCGGCUUGAUUAUUCUAAUUAGUUUAAGUGUAAUAAGAAUGAAGGAAACUUUUUGCUUUGCUGCUCUCAACAUUGCUGUAUUGUUGAAAAUUUGUUUGGAAGUUUAAUCUGAAUCCGUGAUCUGGGGUAGGACAGCUCAAUACAAUAUAUUUGUAACUUUUGCAUGUUUGUAUAUUAACAAUGAUGUUUGUAUUGUAUCACAAAAUAUGUAAUUUAAGCCCAAUUUUUAUAAAUUAAGAGUCUUUUGCUAUAAAAGAUUAUUUUAGUACAAAUACAAUUUAAACUUUGAUUGCAAAUAACUUGAAAAAUCUAGACUUUUGCAUGUAUUAGAAAACACUACUAUUGUAACUAUUUUAAAAUACUGUUUAGUCUUGUAAUUAAUUUUCUCAGUUUCAUGACUCUGAAAAUAAUAACUAAAAAUGGUGAUGCUGAUGAUUCAGAAAGUUAAAUUAUGAAAUAAACUCUGUAUUCUAUUGUUGUCACCAACAAAAUAAUAUACUCUGAACAUCAUCUAAUGUUUAAUAUCUAUAAAUUUAUUCUGCAAUAACACUUGAAAUUCUAUAUAAAUAAUUUUUAGUUUCUGCUUGUUAAUAUAUCUUUUUGAGCUAUGUACCUGAAACGUGCUGCUUAAUUAAUACAGUUGAAAAUGCUCAUUUCUGCCAAUGAUAAGGUUGUGAACUUUUUAAAUAUUGAAGCUGUAAAAUUUUUGCUAUUUUCACUUAAAUUUGGCAAUAAAUUGUAUAUACUUAAAUUUUUCAUUCGGUGAUAAAUUGUAUAGUCAAGAAGUCAAAUUCUCAUUUAAAAGACUAAUUUUUAAGCCAUAAAAAAUCUCCAAGGUCAGUAUAACAACACAUUUCAGUUCUAGUCUGUUGAAAUCAAAGUCAACUUCUACAGUAAGUAUGAGCUUAAACUGGAAUUUUGAAUUAGAUUGACUUAAUAUAUUAUACAGUCAUCGCAAUUUACAAACAGUGUACAAACAGUAAUUCCUGCUUUACAAUUCCUUGUGUUUGCAAUUGGCAUUAAUGUUCUCUUGUGAUUUAUGAAAUGGCAUAUUUACAUGCUAUGUAUUUUGUCAUUGGCCAUCUUCGUGUGAUAUCGUAUAAUUUAAACUGCAUUUUCACAAACGGAACUUCAGUUUAUAACACUAAGCCUCUGUUUAACUUAUAUUGACUUACUUAAAAACAGAUCUCCGGAAGCUAAUUAAUCGGAGAUUACCUUAAACUAAACUCUGAAGAUACUCCAGCUUCGGUGUUUUUGAUUGCUUCAUCUAUUAUAUAUAAUUAUAUAUAUAUUAUAUCAUAUAUUAUUGUAAUAAUUAAUCCAUAACAACAAAGUAUUAUCAUUAUAAUUUGCUUUGUGGAUAAAUCAGUUUAUAUACGGAAACAUUAAAUUACUUCUAAGUAAAACAGUAACGCACAAAACUCAUUGCAUGUCCUUAAAUCUACCGCAAUUCAUGCUUCAGGUCAACACUGAAAUAACCAUUUAAUUUGUUUGGAAUUAUUUCUAUUAAAAGAACUGACAUAAAUUAAAUAUAACUUAGAAGUGUUAAAAAAAAAAAUAUAUAUAUAUAUAUAUAUUAUAUAUAUUUUCACAGCUAGAGUUUACAUAUCAAAUGUUUACUUUAAACUUGGAAGCAAAAUGUAUGGAUGUUGAUAGAUACAAGUAGUGUAAUUUUUAAAGAAAAUCAAAUUGUUUUUUAAAUUUUAAAAUGAAUAUUUACAGAGAAUAUAUUUUAAAUUUUGUGUUCAUUUUUUGUUUUUUUUUGAAUGGUAGAGAUUUUUUCAUAAGGGGAAAAAACUAAUGUUAUAUGAAGAAAGGUACAACAGAAAUUGGAAUUUUUAUUGUUAAAACAAAAGCAAAAUUUAGAAAAAAGUAGAUGUAACGUUAAAAAGUAUGUUUUUAUUGUAAAUUUAUUGUUUUUGCAUUCUUUUGUUCACCCUUUUCGACAAUAGAAAAUUAUGGGCGAUAGUUGUUAAUUAAACAAUUAGAAGUGCAAAUGUUAAUGCAGGUAUCUGCUUGAAGUUGAUUUGAAAUAAUGUUGAAAAGUUGUUUGCUGCUAAGUUAAAUGUUGGAUAUGCGAAGAAUAUUGGCAUACGUCAAGAUGUCUUAAUUGCCUGUUAUUUGGUUGAAUGUAAAUAAAAUACAAUGAAAUUAAA